AUGGUGGUGGCUGCCCGGGCUGGUGGUGGUGGUGGUGGUGGUGGUGGUGGUGGUGGUGGCGGGCGACGCACCUCCCCCUGUUCCCCGUGCGGCCACGGGUCGAUGACGGGCGCGUGCGCAGCGAAACGGGCCGACGGCGCCGCGGCGGGCUCCAGCCAGUGUGUGUGCGAGCGAGCGCGCCGCCGCUCCAGCUCCAGAGGCCGCUCCAGCGCCGCGUCUGCCGUCGGCCCUCCCCAUCGCACAGCCGUGCCCGUGCCGCGCGAAGGGGGACUCGCCACGCGGUUAACGUCUCGUGCGUGCAGACAUUUCCCCGCAGCGAAGUGA